UAAAUGGUCUCAUAGUAUAUAAUCCCAUAAACAUAAGCCUAUAGUCUAAAGAUCAUAGGUUUUAAUUCCAUUCAAUCCCUUUUUAGCGUGAUCCAAACUGAACCAAAAACUUGAUAUUUCGUUUCUUUCUUUAAGUUUUAGGACUAAAAAAAUGGUCGAAGAAAUAUGCAAAGUGGUUGUUCAUGCUCCUAGCAUGCUUCAAAUAUGAUCGAUAUGCUAUCCGUCAAAAAAGGAUACUUUAUAUGGGAUUUUGACACCCUCGAUGGAGAACGAGCAUUUUAGGACUUUAAUAUUUUUUUUUGUUCUUUCCUUUUUAAUUAUGAGGAGAUUGUACUCAAGGAAAAUGAUUUUGAAGACUUGUUUAGUAUAAGGCAAUUUACUACAAGAAAGUCAAAAUCACUCCAGUCUAAAAAAACUUUAUUGCACUUUUAAACUCUAUCAGUAGCACCCCAAGCUGGCCAAUGCCAUAUCCAGCAGCUAGAGCGAUUGUAACCUUCUUACAUGAAAGGAAUUGGGGUUUUAUCGACCCCGUAUGCACUAUCCGAAGGUGGUUGGGUAUGCCUAAUGCUACUCUUCGUAAUGGCCUCCGUUAGUUGCUACACUAUGUUCCUUCUCAAACGAUGUAUGGAUACAAAUCCAAGGAUUCAUAGCUAUUCUGACUUUGGCAAAUUCGCCUUCUGCCGAAGAGGUUGGAUGACAACAUCUGUAGUUCUCUAUCUUGGAUGCUAUCUUCUUGCAACUGAGUUCAUGAUACUGGAAGGUGACAAUCUGGCAAAAUUGUUUCCUGGUUUUGAAAUUUCAAAGCCAAUGUUGGAGGGCAGAAAAGCAUUUGUUAUUGUCUCCGCCAUUGCAAUAUUCCCUACUGUUUGGCUGCGAGGUCUUGGUCCACUUGCUUAUAUCGCAGUGGCAGGAGAUCUAACUCCUAUACUUCUGCUCAGCGCAAUUCUAUGGUUGGCAUUCUUCGACGGCAUUGUGUUCCACCAGGGCCGAAAAUUUGCAAAUCUCAAAGGAAUGCCGACUGCUGCCAGUAUUUAUGCAACCUGUUUUAGUGCGCAUGCCACCUUCCCUCUAGUUUAUUCUACCAUGAAAGACAGGAAGAAGAGCUCAAGCAUGCUGGUCAUAAGUUUUGCUACUGUUGCUGUGAUCUGUGGAGCAAUGGCUUUAUCCGGUUACUUGAUGUUUGGAGACCAAGUAAAAGCUCAAAUAACUUUAAAUCUGCCCCCCAAGAAUAUCAGCUCUGCCAUCGCAAUUUAUGCCUCUAUUGCGACUCCAUUCGCGAAAUACGCGUUGGUGGUAACCCCAAUUGUGAUUGCAAUUGAAGAAGCAACCCCACUAUGUAAACAUAGGCCCAUGAGCCUUCUCAUUAGAACCUUGUUGGUGGUUAGUACAGUUAUAGUGGCCCUGACAUUUCCAUUUUUCGGGUACUUAUUGGCACUAAUAGGAUCCUCUAUUAGUUGCACCGUCUCUUUAUUGCUCCCAUGUUUGUUUUACUUGAAGAUCACUAAUGGCUUGAAGGGUUUCAGGGCAGAAGUGGUGCUUAUCUCAGGGAUUUUGGGGAUGGGACUUUGUAUUGCUGUUUCAGGAACUUACAUUUCCAUGAAGAGGAUUGUUCAAAGCUUAUGAAGGUUAAAAUCAUAGAGGCUCAUGGUGAAAAGUUCUAAAAGAUUACCUAAUUGGGCAAUCAAAAUUCAACUUCUGUCAAAAUUCCCACUUCAGUGUAAACUUCUGUCCCACUUAAAUUGUAUAUUUAGAGUAAUGGGCUCUAGGAUAUG